AUGACGUCAAAAUUUGCUACUGAGUUUUGCUGGGAAGACACUAGUAGGAGAUAUGAAAACAAAGCUGGAAGUUUCAUUACUGGGAUAGAUGUAACCUCCAAGGAAGCGAUUGAGAAAAAGGAACAAAGAGCAAAACGCUUUCAUUUUCGAGCUGAAGUGAAUCUCGCCCAAAGGAAUGUGGCGCUGGAUCGGGACAUGAUGAAGAAAGCAAUUCCUAAAGUGAGACUGGACACAAUUUACAUUUGUGGGGUGGAUGAGAUGAGUACGCAGGACAUCUUUGCCUACUUCAAGGAGUAUCCUCCUGCUCAUAUUGAGUGGUUAGAUGAUACAUCAUGUAAUGUGGUCUGGCUUGAUGAAGUAACAGCAACACGGGCUCUAAUAAAUAUGAGUUCCUUGCCUGAUCAGGAGAAAACAAAAAGCAGAGAAAACAAUGAAGAGAAGACAGCUGAAAAAGCCAAGAAAGAAAAACAGGAGGAAAGUUCUGAUGAUGAGACAGAAGAAGGCGAGGUUGAGGAUGACAAUCCAAGUGACGUUGAGUUGGAUGCCCUCUCCCAGGUAGAAGAGGAUUCUCUCCUGCGUAAUGAUCUUCGCCCUGCCAAUAAACUGGCUAAAGGAAACAAGCUAUUCAUGAGAUUUGCUACUAAAGAUGACAAAAAAGAGCUGGGAGCUGCCAGGCGAAGCCAGUAUUACAUGAAAUACGGCAAUCCAAAUUACGGAGGCAUGAAGGGGAUUCUUAGCAAUUCUUGGAAACGAAGAUACCAUUCACGUCGAAUCCAUCGAGAUGUGAUAAAGAAAAGGACGCUUAUCGGGGAUGAUGUUGGCUUGACUCCUCCUUAUAAACAUCGUCAUUCAGGCUUAGUAAAUGUUCCUGAGGAGCCUAUUGAGGAGGAAGAAGAGGAGGAAGAAGAUCAGGAUAUGGAUGAAGAUGACAGAGUUGUGGUAGAGUACCGUGAUGAACUGCAAGCGUUCAAACAGUCCCGAGACCGCAGUGCAGCACGACGAUCCAGUGCUAGUGCGUCUGACUCUGAUGAAAUGGACUAUGACCUUGAACUGAAAAUGAUAUCGACACCCUCUCCCAAAAAGAGCAUGAAAAUGACGAUGUACGCAGAUGAGGUGGAAUCACAACUGAAAAAUAUUAGGAAUUCCAUGCGAGCAGAUAGCAUAGCAACCAGUAACAUCAAAAAUCGGAUUGGCAGUAAAGGAUCAUCAGAGAAAGUUGCAGAUGUAAGACUACUGCUAGAAGAAAAACGUCAGAAUAAUACUGGGCCACGUCAGCCAAACAGCACUGUAAAAUCAGAUGUGCGGCAAAGACUGGGAAAAAGACCGCAUUCUCCAGAAAUGAAACCUCCAAGUAGUACCUCUGCUCCUCGUCGAGAGCCAAUAUCAGAUGUGCAUAGCCGGUUAGGAAUCCCCAAACAAGAUGUAAAAGGCCUCUACUCUGAUACCAGAGAGAAGAAAUCAGGUAAUUUAUGGACCCGGUUAGGGUCUGCUCCGAAGACACAAGAAAAGACUUCAGAUAAACCUGAAAACUCUGUGGCAUCUCCAGAGGAAGAUGAUUCAGAGCUCCAGCGGGUUUGGGGUGCUCUCAUUAAGGAAAAAGAACAGUCUCGGCAAAAAAAGAGUCGAUUGGAUAAUUUACCAUCUCUACAAAUUGAAAUCAGCCGAGAAAGCAGUUCUGGAUCAGACACUGAAUCAUGAUUGUUUGUACGUUCUGGUCCUCAAGAUUGUGACUCUGCAGUGUGGCAAGAUUUCCUUUGCCCAAAAGCUGGACACUGGCAAAGGCUCUGCAGCGAAGGUUCCAGAAGCGUCUCUGUUCCUUUUAUACAAAAACAGAGACGCGCGUACCACUUGAAACCUAAAGCAAUCACGUUUGUCUGGAGUCUGUGGUCGGCCCUGUGUUACGUAGGGCAUUGUCGUAUAUGUUUAUUACAGCAAACCUGUAGUUAAUUCUAGCAAAACACUUCUCCCCAAGCUUUGAACUUAAAAGAAGAGGCAGAAAUGCUCUGUAUUUUUAAGAUGACCAUUUUUAACAUGGAGCCUUUUAACAAAAUAUUUUUCACAGUUCAUCCAAAGAGCAGGGCAUUUCAUAAUCAACACCA